AAGCUCUGCGGGGUUUACUAGUGUCUUUUUUGGAUAUCAUGAGUACGGCAGUAAUAAACCUCCAGAUGUUCUAUUUCUAUUUCUACUUCAAUUCUCAUUCUGUUAUGAUUCACCUCUUUGAUGUUGUAUGAAGGAAACCAUCAAAAUUCAUUCCACAGCAAUUGACAGCAAACAAUUCGCCCACCUCUAUCUCCAUCUCCGUCACACUAAACCCAAAAAAAAUCGAAAAUCCGGGGAAAGGAAUCAGGCGAGCAAAUCCCAUCCAGAAGCUUUCCAAUCCAAAGCAUCAAGAUCAACAAUCAUACCACUAGCAUUCGAUUCCUGAUUCGACUUUCGUUUCUCACUCCAUUCUUUUCCCGCCCUUCACUCCCCGAUACCUCUCGUACCAUCACUGCAACUACAUGUAUACCGCGAACAAUUAAACAAUCACACAAUUAAGCAGCUAAUCAAUCCUCAAUAAAUCCACAAUCAUGGUCAAAUUCUACGAAUCCUCCUACUCUUACGACUACUCCUUCCCCGCCGUUACACUUGCCUACUUCCUCCGUUAUCCAAAUCCGCAUAGUACACAUGUGCUCUCCACCGAUGUGAUAUCGCGCACUGUGUGUCCCGAGACAGGUCGCCUGCGUACCUUGCGCAUCCAUCGCAAAUCCACUCGUCUACCAUCCGCAGUCCUCAAGCUCUUGCCUAAAAGCGUGCUGGGCAAUGUGAGGAGCGAUAGAAGCGAAUCGUAUAUUCUAGAGACUUCGGAAGUGGAUAUCAAAGAAGGAUGGAUGAAGACAGAGAGUAGAAACCUGGAUUGGACGGGUAUUUUGAGUGUAGUGGAAAAACAAGAUUUUCACAAAGCAGCAGAUAAGGAAGUGCGCGAGGAAGAAUUUAUUCAAGGUUCGGGAAUGACGGGUGUGAAGACGCAGGUCAUGUUUCGCAGUCGACUUGGUGAUCGGUUGAGGGCGAUGAGGAAGGGGGAAGAAGGAGAAGAAGAGAAGAAGGGAUGGUUGGCGAAUUGGAGUACCAAGGGAGUGCAAAGAAGUAUCGAGGCCAUUGCUAGUAGGAAGACAGAAAAUCAAUUGGGAAAGAGUAAGGAGGGAAUGAUGGUUGUGUUGGAGAGGAUGCGAAAUGGUGGGCUAGUGGGGGUGUUGGACGGGAUGAGGCGGGAUAGGGAAUUGAUGUUUGCGGGCGUGGAGCGAAAAUUUUGAAUGACGAAAUGUGAGAUAUGAGGUUACAUAUGGAGAUGGCAUAAGGACGGAGGAUGAUCAAAUACCGGAUACGGCAAUCGGGCAGCAGUGGGAAAAGAGAUGAGAAAACGCUCUUUCACGAUCGUGAUUAUUCUACACUUUCGUUAGGCGGCGAGCCUCUGUAUCAAAGCAUACGAGUAAACAUACGGGAGCGAGGAGUUUUGGGGGAAGGUCAACAGGCGUUUUUGAGACAGUCCACUCUCAUUUGAUUUUAUCACAUUGUAUGAAAUAUAUCAAAAUCUGAAUAACUUUGCCACUAUUUA